UGCGAUGCCAGGCCAAUUCGGUCAUAUUCAUUCUCGUUGCGAGUUCACAGUGACAACAAGUCAGCCCCCAGCCCAAUCACCAAUUCACCAAAAGAAAAAAUGAACAAAUUCUUCGUCCUUGCCGUCGCCGCCCUGGCUGUUUCCUGUGUCCGGGCCGAUUCCUUCGACGCCCGAGCCGAGACUCGCGAGUACAAGAGCGACCUGAAGGAGGAUGGCAGCUAUGCCUACCAGUACCAGACGUCCAAUGGCAUCGCUGGCCAGGAAUCGGGCGUGGGUGGUUACUAUGCCAGCGGCUCGAACGCCUACUACGCCCCCGAUGGCCAGCUCAUCCAGUUGACCUACACCGCCGACGGCAAUGGCUACCACCCGGCCGGCGCCCACCUGCCCACUCCUCCUCCAAUCCCGGCGGCCAUCCUGAAGUCACUGGAGUACAUCCGCACCCAUCCCCAACAGGAGAGCCGCCAGGGUCAAGGACGAUUCUAGACCAAAUGGGCUUGCCACCACCACCAUCACAUGUUGAGCGUUAUUCGAGCUAGUUUUAAGUCAUUUGAAAAUAAACUUUGUUUGAGCCAUCAAACAUAUCCAUAAACAA